AGUUGGAAUUGCAUCCGAGUCCCAUGAAAAGUAUCGUCUGGUCCACAGUGUGCAAGUUCCUCAUGUGGAAUUCUCGUGGGUCUUCUCUGCCUUGAAAUCAUCGUCGUAUGAUUUGAGGACCCUUUUUCGUCACUAGCUACGGCCUGAAGGGUCAUUAGUUGCACCGGCGCAUUUAUUGGUUGACCCUUCUAGGACCCUGUUACCCAAGCAUGUUCUCGGCCCCAAUGCUGAGCAAAUAAAUGGCAAUACGCGCGCACGGGUGUGAAUUCACAUUUUUAGUGUUGUGGUAUAGUCCGGACUUGGGAUCUGCACACCAACAAGGCUUAUCUAUCACACGCUAUAUUUGCUCUGAGCUGGGGUUGCAUGCAUCAGUCUGGGCUAAGUUAAGCUCCACACUCCCAAGCGGCCUUCAGCAGCCAUUUCGUCAUGUCCCCGGGUUAUUAUGGGAAGCACACUCCCUUCUUCGGUGCUAAUAGGUGGGAAUAAGUGUUUUCUCUCCUUCGCAACCUGCGGGCCGAGUGUUUUACUUUAUUUCAACCACACGUAAGAAAAUCUGUCAUCGUGUGGAGGUCCUCGCUACUUGCCAACUGCUGCCAGCUAUUUCUGUUGUCUCAUCUAAUGAACCACGGCUACGAGUAUGUCCUGAUUCCAGCAUUCUCAUGCCAGGUAUUACUGUGGGUCUGUCAUCCGUCAGUCUUAGCUCUGCCUCGAGAGGCCUACAAAGCAGCACGAUUUCCUCUUUCCUAACCUUUUCCUUUUUCCACCUUACAACAUAACGUUCGUUGUAUUGCUGUAACCCGGACCCUUCGUUCUCAAUAAUAGCUAUCAUGCGUUACACAUUCGCUGCUGCUGCUCUCGCAGCUGCUACCCUCACCACCAGUGUGAACGGUUCUGCGAUGCCGCAGGCCGGCUCGUCUGGUUGCCAGCCCAGCUUUGAGGGUAGCUUCCAGAUCAAGGUUGUGUCAGGAUCCACCCCGGCAACCCCCAGGAUGAUGAAGCGCGCCCAGUGCGGUUCCUCCGGAAGCCUUGUAGCCACCUUGAAAGACGGUGUUCUCACGGACGCACAGGGCCGCAUUGGAUCAAUCGUGUCCAACCAUCAAUUCCAGUUCGACCCCGCUCCUGGCCAGGUAAACGCCAUUACCACCAGCGGAUUUUCCGUCUGCAACAACAAGCUCGGCUUGAGGGGCUCCACCAACUUCUUCCAAUGCCGCUCGGGUAACUUUUUCAAUCUAUAUGAUGAGUCCAUCGCCCCGCAGUGCGAGCCGAUCACCAUCGACAUCAUCAGCUGUGCCAGCGGUGGUGAUCCUCCCGGUGAUCCACCAGUUUCUCAGGUGGGAGAUGGCCAGCCCCAGAGCGGUGCGGGACAACAGCUGGGAGAUGGCCAAGUCCAGAAUCCUGCUGUGGCGCAGCAGGGAGGUGCCGCAGGUGAGGCUGGAGAGGGGCAAAUCCAAAGCCCCGGUGCACAGCAGGGAGGUGCCGCAGGUGAGGCUGGAGAGGGGCAAAUCCAGAGCCCCGGUGCUCAGCAGGGCGGCUCUGGCACCCAGCCUGGAGCACCUAGCGGUGGAACCUCCGGCACUCAACCAGGUGCUGGGAGUGGGAGCGGAGGAGGAGCCAGUCCCAGCGGCGGUGGAGCUAGUGGCGGCGCACCAACUUGUGCUUCGUGCGCGGGAGGCUCACAGCCGAGCGGCAGUGGCGCAGGAGGAGGAGGCGGCGGCGCCUCUGGUGGUCAGCAGCCCGCUGGAAACAACGCAGGAGGAGGCGGUGCCUCUGGUGGUGGACAACCCUCUGGAAGCGGCACGGGAGGAGGCGCUGCUCAACAAAUCAACGAUGGUCAGCUGCAGAGCGGCGGAGGAGGCGGUGGAGCUUCCAAUGAAGCUGUCGAGGGUCAAAUUCAGAGUCCCGCUCGAUUCUAAGGGUUUCAACGGGGUAAUGAGUGUCUGGUAACGGAUGGCGAUGGAAUAAACGUAUAGGCAAAACUUUAAUAGAUUGUAUAGAG